AUGGUGGAAAUUCUUAUAGGCUUGUAUGAAAGUCAGCUGCUAGACAUUAAAAGCACUAGUAUUCCUGAACUUCAACAGCUGUGGACAGCUUGCUGUGACGACAGCCCUUAUAACUGUCACACCAGCUGUCAGGUUCUAUUAACUCUCGUCUAUUCUAAAGAUGCAGAUUAUUCUUAUGUACUCAAUGGCUUACUCAAUCUAAUGCCCUCAGCAAAGAAUUUAACACCUUUAAUUUCUGCUAUUGGGGAUCUUCUUAUACUUCAAUGUCAUGCACAGAGCAAAUGUUCCACCAAAUCAUAUAUUAGCCCUUACUCUAUGAGAACCCCACCUCAUCCAUUCAUUACUGUGUGUACAAAUCGUCCAGAGAGUUGGCCUCUUCUACAGCAGCAAAUAUACCAAAUAUGUGUCCAUCAGAAAGAGAUAAUAUCUUCAAAUGCUGUUGCAAUCCUGAAACCAUUUCUGCUCUAUAUAAUUUUGGACCCUGUCCGUCAGGAUUCCACGAUGCCUCUUCGCCUUGCCAUACAGCAGAUUCUAUUUCAGCAAGCCUACUUAGCUACGUCUGUCGAUGAUGAUCAAUACGUAGGCUUCCUGUGCUCCAUGGUACCGUAUAUCCAGUUAGACUCUUCACAGUCCAUUGGUGAAGGUGUCCAGUUUGUGAGCCAGCUGCUUUUCAUAAUGUUACAACAGUCAACAUGUCCCUCACUGUUAAGACCUCUAGUACAAAAUGCUAUGGCAUUGUGCUAUCUAUGUCUACAGAGAGAUCUCUCUGUGAUGAUGCUUACUCACAAGAUUCUUCAAAUUGCUCAUAAAUGGCCUGAGGUUUUAUCAACCGGACAGAACAUCAUUUUACUGAGCCAGAUGCUUUUUGAAAUUAAUGCUGACAACACAGUGGUGCUAGACAUUGCAUUAAUAAUACUGAAUACCAAUAACACUGCUGUUCAUCCUGUAGUCCAUGGAUGCUUAAUAUUACCCUUGCUAUAUCUCAUGUUGUCACCCCAAGCAGACCCAUUUACUCUACACACCAUACAAACAGCGUCUACUUCCAUUAUAGAAGCUAUGGAAAAAAUUCAGCUAGAUUACAAGGUCUCAGCUUCUUCAGAGACUGAUUCAACCGCAGGGAUGUUGCCAAUUUCCUGGUCUGAAGAACCGUGUAUGACAGAAGGAGCAUAUAAAAGCAGACAGUAUUUGAAAUUGUGUUCUGAUAUAGUAAAUGAAUCAGAAAUAAAUUGCCUCCUCUUAAUGAACAACAUUCAAGAAUCACUAACUGGCAUCAAUGAAAUUCCUGUGAUAUUGACCAAUUUUUUAGCGUCAUUAUUUGUCACACCACAGUGUACAAAUUUCUCUGCAAAUGCUAUGAAUAGUUUGCUUGUAGUUGCUGAAAAGGAUGACAGGCAGGCUUCAUUUUUGCUUCCCUUGUUUCUCUAUCAAAUUGGACGUGAACCAGAUCCCAAUCGCAAACUGAACAUCCUCAAAGCUAUUCCUAAACUUGCUCAACAUAAGGUUGUAGUUGGUCCAAUUUUGAAAUCUAUCCAAGAAUUAGGCUCUUACAAGGGGCUGAAAGCCAUUUUCAUUACACUACUGACAGAAUUAUGGAAAAUACAGGACCGCUGCUUUCCCCAGUUGCAGAAAGCACUUACAGAAGAGCCCAUCACUCCAGGUACCAUAGCAGCAAUAUCAAAUGAAGUGGUUUUUGCUAAAGCACACUCAAUCACAAGUAUCUGCGAAUUAAGGCCUGUGCAGCAUGGACCAGAUAUGUUAAGUCUUUUAUCUGAUAUUCUCAAUAGUUGCUUAUUAAAAUCAACCACUCCAGCUGCAAUAAUGUCAUUGAAAGGUUUAACGCACCUUUGUGAAGCAGAAGUGAUCAAUAUUCAAAGUCUGUGGAAAUUACUGUCAACCAAACUUGCCAAUGAUUCUAGACCUGGCAUUACCAUAGAAAUUUGCAAGUUAUUUGCUCUAGUACCACAACUAGCUGUUGAAAAUGAAGAAUUUGAGAAAUUCCAAGAAGCUGUUGUCAGUAUGCUAUGGCUAAUUUCUCAAAAGUUUGGUGAUUCCAGUUCCAAACAGAGCAAUCCUGAAGUCAGUGCUGCUGCUUUCCGGACCUUAGCAGCCUUCAAAGUUGACAAUUUUACCAUAAGUCAUUUUCCACAACAAGUGACAGAUGAUUUCCGCAUGCAAGCUGAAGCUGUUAUCAAGUUGGAAAUAGAAAAGAACCCUGAUAUGACCAUUGAAAAUGUUUUCCCUGUAGUUCCUGGAGUAUGUUACAUACGCAUUAUUCCAACACUAAAAACGCAGGCACAACUUGAUGCUUAUGAAGAAUUCUUGAAUAGUAUGGUGCAAAAUGAAGUAACAAAUCUGCCACGAGGAAUUUACAGUUCAUUAAACAGAAAGUAUGGCACAGGAAACCAAGAGAAAGCUUUAAAUGAAAUACCAACCCUCCUUCAGCAUCUCUAUGAGCAAACCAAACAACCAGGCCUGAGACCAGGAUUAGCUGCUGGCCUGCUCUUUGCUUAUAACCUACCGGCUGAACAAAACAAAGCACCAAAGCCACAUAAGAUACUGAGCCAAAGCAAAAAUUUCCAGCAGAUAUUCAGUACUUUACUUCAUGAGGUCCCAGUUCAACCUUCAGAAUGGCACCGCUGUCUGCUAAUGCCUCAUACAUGGGUUUCAUUUAUAGACCGUCUUUUUAUUGCAAUGAUUGAAGGGCGCCAUGCAGAAAUUGACCUUCAACUACAACAUAACCAGAUUCAAGAGGAUGAAGUUUCUGCCAAAAAAAAUAGUGCAUGGUUAUGGGUGCGAGAUACACUGACUGGUGUAAUAAAAGUUACAUCAAGAGGCAAUCCUACCAUGCAAGCAAAUUGUGUGAUGGCACUCUCUGGUGUGGUUUGUGCAGUAAACAAGUUCAGAUCUGGGCAAGAUUCAUCAUCACUUGGUGAAGAGGAGUCAGGUUCUGCUCAUAUGAAACACAAGCAAUGGUUAAUGCUAAUCACUGACACCGUACUCUCUUUAUGGAAUGUCAAAUAUAAAACCAGUGGAAAUAAUCUACUAGGACUUUGCCAGCAGCGCAGUCAAACAGAUCGUGCUCCGGCAAGUAUACUGUGCCAGGCUUCUGCCUGUCUGGCACUUCCAAGAUUAGUGAGCAGCCAACUCUCUCCAGAGACAUGUGGCAGAUUGUUUGAAGUCCUGUCUAUGAUGACGUUAUCACUACCUGGAAAAAGCAACCAACCAGAAUCUCCAGUCCUUAUAUUCCACAAUGGUUUAGCUCUUGGCAUUUUGAUAUCUAGGCUUUUUGAAGAGCAUUUCGUUGAAGUCUGUGGACCCAAAAAUAUGGAAGAAGUAUGGAAAUCUCUUGAUGCUCUUGAAGAAUGUGCCUUGAAUGAUAGCUUUCCAAACCGGUCUGGUUGCAUUCUUGGGUUAACUCUGGCACUCACUUCUUUGUGUGAAGAUGGAAAACCGGAAUCUCGCCAACAUCUUGCUGAAAUACUCGAUAAAUUAUUUUCUCUUUUGAAAAAUACAGAUUCUUCUUCAGAUAUAUUCCAGGUCCUUUGCUUUGCUGUUGCCACUUGCAGUGGUUCUGUGUUUUCAGCCAAUAUUAUCAACGCUGAUACAAUCAACAGUAUUUUUGAUUAUCUGAAAAACCUUAGUGAAGCACACCCACAAAUGUGUGGCGUCAGCCUGGCUGUUGGUAGUUUGUGUUACAGCCUUAAUAUGCUUGGUCACUCUAGCAUCAACAAAACCACACAAACGCUUUGUGACAGCUGGACUGAUUGUUAUUUGAAUGAGGACACACCUACACUGGAGCGAGUAUCAGCACUUGGAGCUUUAAUGGCACUAAUUGGCUCUGAAAGAAGCCUGAUCAAUGUACAAACCAUUCCUUCAUUGUGUAGCAAUGUUGUUAAUCCAGCAACCAUAAUUCAAUUGGUGAAAACUGUUUUGAAAAGUCAGGAAGAAGUUGGAAUACAAUGUUGUUCUGCUUGGAUGUUAGGUCAUGCCUAUUUGGCAAAUUCUACGGUAUCAGAAGUAAAAUCAAGUGUUCCUACCAAUUAUCAUUAUUUGGAUAACAAAUACAUAAUUCGUGCAUUAGUAGAUUUUCUACUUGAUCAAGGCAAACGAGGUGUUGAAGUAAAAUGUCUCAGCCUUCAAAUAGCAAUAUCUCAGUCAACGACAUCUUCAUCUGCUUCCGUGUUCCUUGCAACAUGGCUUGGUUCAGCUUUAUUUAAUUCUUUACCUGUGGAAGCUCAGAAUAUAUUUUAUCAAAACUUGGAUGUCCUCAUCAAAUGCAUCCCUUUGAAAACACUCAAGGAAUUUCUGGAACAUGAAUGCAUUAACCCGUUUCUCUUUGACCAAAGACAAUCUCAGUCUUCUGUCACUUUGAAUGGUCUACAGAAAGCAUUAAUGGUGAAUGACCCUCCAGAGUCUGUUACUGAGCUCUUGUACACCACCGUGGAACGUAUAUACAAAGCACUACCACCACAUUUUCAGCCUAACCUCUACAACAUGAUGUGUAAAUGUCUAGCAAACCUUCCAGAAGACAGAUUUGACCAACUUACUGAUUGUGAUUUCCUUGAUCCACAAUUAUAUAUUAAAGGAACAUAUGUCCGGUGCUUCCUUGUGGCCAACGGAAAGCAGCCUUUAGCUUUGUUAAAUAGCUGCAUUGAUGCUCUCAUCAAUAACGGUCAAAAUAUCCCAGAGCUUUACAGCUUGUGCCUCCUGUUUCUAUCGCAGUGCUUCUAUAUCUGUUCUCUGAAUAAAACUCUCACCAAAGAUCGUCUGGGAUGGUUUUUAGAACUAAUUGGCCAUGUUCGCAACCUAGCUACUGGUGGACUUCAAUUGUUAAAUGCUACCAUGAAAUCAAAUAUAGCUCUAGAUCUAGCAAUUCAGAUAGUUUCAGCAGCCAUUUGUUGUUGGACAUCAUCUGUAGCCAGCACAAUAUCUGGUCAACAUCCAGCAUUCAUGGUGGAUUUGGUCGAAAAACGUCAAGAUGGUAUAAAAAUGCAGGAAAUCUCUCUCUCUUUAAAGCAUCAUCCUAAUUAUUGGCUCCAGUUGUUGCCAACUUGUGUCACUUGCUUAACUCAAGAACCUUGGAAAGCAGUACUUAACAUGUUUAUUGACUGGUUGUUAAUUAUGUAUGAACUACCAGACGACAAGAUCACACCUCAGACUAAAAGAAUUCUAAAUAAUUGUUUGUGCAACUUGCGGAAUACCAAAGAAUUCAAAAGGGCAUCAGUCUGGAACAAAGUUUUUAAGAUUUACUUGAACCAACUGUAAAAGAACAAGAGUAACAAGAUCUAAGCAACAUUUUCAUAUAAAGUUAGCAUCUAACUUUCUGAGGAAUUACCAAAGCGUUUGUUUUUGUUGUGUAUAAAGUAAAAUAAAAAUGCCUCUUUCAAAUAUAUUUUGGAAAUAAAAUCUAU